AUGCGGCAAGGUGUGAAGCUGUUACAGUUUUCACAAAGUAAAGGUCUCAGUUAUAGAUUACUAGUUCAUAAUGUUCUUCGGCACUCUUCGACAGUAGGACGCAAUCAAAGGCUAAUACAAGUGGGAAAUUACUUGCAACAAGGAGCGAGUAUUAGGCCUCCAAGUAUGCUGUUGAUUGGCAGACGGAAUGUGUCGUUUAUUCCUAAGCUGAUUGGAAGAGCAGUUAAACUGCCUGCAUACAUAGGGGGCGGGGCUGCGGCUUUCGGUAGCUACAUGGCAUAUAGGGUUGACCAGGCGGGAAGUUAUACAUUGGAUAAACUAAACCAGCUGAUGACAUUUGGGGGGAACAUUCGUGGACGACUAGAAGACUUUUUAGGUGUGAAUGGCGAUAGUAGCGGAGGGGGCGAAAAUAGCAAUAGUACUGGCGAUACUGUUGCUGCUGCGACGUUGCUUGCAUCGCUGUCUGAUGAUGAGAAAGCAACUGAAAGUGGCGAUUCGGAGGAUGAAGACGAUGAAGAGCUGGAUGGCAAAGAAGAAGAUCACACUGGCGAUGAGAUUCUGAACUUAACAAAACAGAUGAUUGAAAUCAGGGCUAUUCUGAGCAAAAUCGAUUCUUCCACGGCUGGGAUUACGCUGCCAUCUAUUGUGGUCGUGGGUUCACAGUCUAGCGGUAAGUCUUCUGUGUUGGAGUCUAUUGUUGGAAGAGAGUUCUUGCCAAAGGGUAAUAACAUGGUGACCAGGAGGCCGAUAGAGCUUACACUUGUGAACACUCCAGGUAACGAUGAAACAACUGCUGACUUCCCUGUGCAGCGCAUCUAUAAUAUCAAGGAUUUUAGACAAGUCAAGAAGAUGCUGAUGGAGUUAAACAUGGCGGUUUCUUCUCAGGAGGCGGUGUCAGAGGAGCCUAUCCAGCUGACUAUUAAAUCGUCCAAAAUACCUGACUUAUCUCUUGUGGAUCUUCCUGGUUACAUCCAAGUCGAAGCAGCUGACCAACCCAUGGAGCUGAAAAACAAGAUUCGUAAACUUUGUGACCGUUAUCUAGCAGAACCAAAUAUUAUUUUGGCGAUCUCUGCCGCUGACGUGGAUCUUGCAAACAGUUCUGCACUUAGAGCAAGCAGACUGGCAGACCCCCAAGGUUCAAGAACCAUUGGAGUGGUUACAAAGGUGGAUCUAGUUGACCCCAUCAAGGCACGUGAGAUUCUAACGAACAAGAAGUAUCCGUUGAAGAUGGGAUAUGUUGGUGUUGUUACCAAAACGCCACCUAGUGCCGUUAGUGGUAUAUUCAGUAAGAACAACAUUAUUUCCAAAAACUCAACUGAAGUUGUGCACAAGGAAACGGUACAAUUUGAAAGAGAGUACUUCCGGACUCACAAGAAGGACUUUGAGGGAUGCCAGACUACGACCAGAAGGUUAAGGGAAAAGUUAAUAAAAAUUUUAGAAGUUUCUAUGAGCAAUGCCUUGGAACCAACUUCUCGUGUAAUCCAACAAGAACUAGACGAUACAUCAUACCUCUUCAAAGUUGAAUUUAACGAUCGUCAGUUGACCCCGAAGUCGUACCUGUUAAGCAAUAUUGAUGUUUUCAAGUUGGCUAUUAAAGAGUUCCAAGAAAAAUUUCAAAGGACUGAAUUAAAAUCCAUCCUAAAAGCAGACCUAGAUCAGAAGGUUUUGGAUCUAUUGGCAUCGCGGUAUUGGAAGGACGAUAACUUGAAGGAAUUGUCGAAGUCUUUAGACAACGAAAGUUCUGCCCUUUAUUGGCAUAAGAAGCUCGAAUUGGCCUCUUCAAGCCUUACAAAGAUUGGUGUUGGUAGAUUGUCGACAACAUUGGUAACGAACGCUAUUUUAAAGGAACUAGAAAAUAUAUUGGACGCCACCCAACUGAAAAACCAUAAUUUGAUCACAGAACUAGUAAGAAACACAGCUGUAAACGUGCUUAACGCCAAGUACUACUCUACGGCUGACCAAGUGGAAAACUGUAUCAAGCCAUAUAAAUAUGAAAUUGAUCUGGAGGACCGCGACUGGUCUAUUGCCCGUGAGCAUUCUGUUUCCUUGAUGAAGGAGGAGUUACGCCAAUGUGAUGAGCGCUUCAAUAUGAUUAAAAACACUGUAGGAACAAGGAAAUUACAGCAAGUUAUGCAAUACUUGAAGACUGACCCUUCUCGUAAAGAAUCUCUGGGAUUCUCAACCAUGAUGUUAGAACGUGGUACUGAGGCUCUCUUCCUACAAGAACGUUCUUCAUUACUAGGUUUCAGAUUGAAGCUUCUAAAGAACCAAUGUAACUCCACAGCACAGAAGGACAAGUGCCCAGAGGUCUUUCUUAAUGCAGUAAGCGAUAAACUUACAUCAACAGCAGUUUUAUUUCUAAAUGUUGAACUUCUAAGCGAUUUCUUCUAUAACUUCCCCAUAGAAUUGGACAGAAAACUCGGAGAAUUGAACAACGAACAAAUUGAAAUGUUCGCAAAGGAAGACCCUCGCAUCGCCAGGCAUAUUGAACUACAAAAGCGCAAAGAACUUUUGGAGCUCGCUCUAGAAAAAAUCGACUCCAUAUUGGUCUUUAGGAAAAGCUAUAAAGGUUUAACAGCAACCUAG